AUGUCAAAAUGGGUCGAAGCUGUAGCUCUGGCGGAUAAUGAAGGAAAGCGGGUUGUUGUAUUUUUAAAAAGAAAUAUUUUCUCUUGCUUUGGUGUACCACAUACAAUCAUAAGCAAUGGAGGAUCACAUUUUUGCAACAAGAUAUUCAGAGUCGCCUUGGAAAAAUAUAGAGUCAGACAGCAUAAGGUGGUUACUCCAUAUAACCCACAGACCUAUGGGCAGGUGGAGAUCUCUAAUCGGGAAAUCAAAGCUAUCCUGGCCAAGACUAUAAAUGCUAGCUGGAAGGAUUGGUCUAGGAACCUGGACGAUGGCUUAUUGGCAUAUCGAACGUCUUUCAAUACAUCCAUUGGCAUGUUGCCAUACCAAUUGGUUUAUGGCAAGGUAUGCCAUUUGCCGAUUGAACUAGAGAAUAAAACAUUGUGGGAACUGAAGCAGCUUAAUUUGAACUGGAAUAAGGCUGCGAAUAUGAGAUUGGGGCAGCUAAAUAAGAUGGAUAAGUUCCAUCUUGGAGCUUACGAUUGGGUUGAUCUAUACAAGAAAAGAAUGAAGAAGUACCACGAUAGCAGGAUCGAAAAGCAGGACUUCCAGAUAGGUGACUUG